CUGGAGUACUUUCGUCUGGAGCUGCAGCCGGGGUACCAGUCCCACUCACAGGGAGAUGACAGUAAUGUGGUACUUCGCACCCUGGAGCGGGUGGCGGCCGCGGCCGGCGGUGUCGGGCGCUGGGCGAGGACGAGGGCGGCUCUCCGGGGCGCUGGGCGGCGCGGCACUAGUUGCUGGACUGGUGUCCCCUGCGCUCCCUGCGCGCGUCGCUGGCAGCACUUCACCCGAGCCGGAGUGCGGGAGGCUCCCCGGGAAUGGGAGGGCGCCAGCGGCCUCCGCGGCUGCUUCUGUAUAUUAUUGUGACUUGGGCUAUUUCCUGUUUAGAGCUUUGAGAGAAGGGGAAAAAAAAUCCAGGGUGGGGGCAGGGGGAAUUGGGCGGUGGCGAGCCAGAGAGCGGCGGCCGGGAGGGGAAGGAGGUGGGCGGCGGCUGUCACCUUCUUCCUUGAGACCGGAGGGUUCUGGGCGCCCGAGACCCGGGAGGAAGAAGCAGCUGCUCGCAACGCUACUUUGCGGUGUGGGGAAGGGCGGACAGGGUGGGCCUGCACGGACGCCACCCAGCGGUGGGGCAGGGGCCGCGGCCGCCUAGGAGACGUUUGUCACUGGAGUCCGCGCGCCCACUUUGCCGCCUCUUUUCUUUUACACAGAACUGCAGCUGAGCUUCUUUUCAGAGCGGGUGCAAGAGGAAUUUGCUGGGCUUCUUUCUCUAUGCGUGCCCAGGUCCGCUUCCUGAUCCUCUCCAGGGUGUGGGCAAGGAGGAGGUCAGCUCCUCUACGCUUCAAAGCCCCCGGGAAGCAUGGUUGUGGACCACUGUGGGUGCGCGGAGGGCUCUUGGAG